UCCUUAUUGAAUGCAUUCAUCGUCUAUUCUCGCCAUAUUCUUCAACUCCAAUAUUUGCUGACCAUCUGUCUUACUACCUGCAUGGGUCUAAAAACAACGUGAUGCCUUCUUCUGUCGGUGAACGUGAGAGCGAGCCAGCCGCGAGCAUCAACGACGCGCUGGAUGCUCUGGAGAGAGCUUCCCAGUUGCCGGCAAAGCAACGAUCGGUCAAAGUGUCCGGCAUUGUGUCUUCCAUCUGCGACCAUGCGUUCGCCCAAGGUCUUGAUGCAGAGUCGCUAAGGAGGGUUGUACGAACCGUCUCAAGGAAGACCGAGUUAGACCAGUCCAGUGUAACCACUUUGGUGAAGAACCUCUAUCCUGCUCACUUUGUGCCAUCCGACGUGAUCAUCACCGUUGUUGGCGCUCUUGGCCAGGGCAAAGGGAAGCCUGCACCGGGCACCCAGAAUAGUCUCGUAAGAUGGCUGGUCAUUGUGCACGAGAUCAUCGAAGAGCAGUCAACAUUAUCACGUCUGUACGGCGUUCUAUUUGGGAUGCUUGAUAUGAUUAGCAUAAGGACCCCCUUGUGUCAUUUGCUCUCUAUAAUUACUCGCCGGAAACAUGUGAAGCCGUUCCGUAUCCAACAAUUACUUGAGCUUUCUCGUGGUCUCAGCAACGAGCCUGCACUACAAGGACUUCUUCGCAUUUUCAAAGACUACUACCCAGAUAUCAUCCUUGGGAGCACUGCAACUACCCGGAGCUCCUUCCCGCCGCGGCCUGAUCCGGAAUGGCAAACAAAGCUGCAAGCCAUACAAGAUGCGAACACAGCGUCGAGGAAAGCAGGUUCGGAUGCACAUAACGGCUUCCGCGUUCUAAGAAAAGGACCAAAGAGGGGCAAGAUAUCGGUAGUGCCUGAUGUGCACACCUUCAGGGCUAAUGAGACGUCUGUCACACUCGAGGGGAUCGACAACGCGGAAGCGUUCGUGGAGAACCUAGACAAGAUCGAGCCGCCCGGGCAAAUCAUUUCUUAUCUCAACGACCCAUUGCUGCAGAAGUUCGUUGCUCUGCGCCCCUCACCUAUCCUUUCGAAGCGCAUCAAUCUGUGGUUGUCGGUAUGCCUAGAGGAGGAGUUUGCAUUGCUGCAGGGAGGCUCACCGCCUUCGGUCGACUUCCCCGAAGUCUUUGAGGGUCUCCUAAGGCAAACUCAGUACGACAAGAAAAUCUUGCCCAUUGUUCUGACUUUUCUUAAUGACUACCUUCUCCUAUGGGAUGGUAUCACAGCUGUUGACGCUAUUUUUGGUCUUCUCUCCUAUCUCCCCAUACAGGACUUUCAAGAUGCAUAUACAUCAUAUCUCAAGCCAGCUGAGACCGCUCUGCUCACCAAGAACCUCGGAUCUAUCGACAAGAUAUUCCAUCUCUACACCGACCUGUUACGCCACUGGAUCUCCGAACUAAACCGCCUCCCCGAAUCUCAAUCCCCAACACCAGGCCAAACCUCCCUCCGCUCCCUCGAAACCCACGUCUCCUUCCUCUCGACCUCCCUCCUCCUCUCCGUCCCCUCCUCCUCCAACACCCCCCUAACCGCCUCCAUCCUAACCUUCUACGAAACCCUCUCGUCCUCCUCCUCCCCAACCCUCAUCCCCAUCAUCCUCCCCUCCCCCCACCUCUCCUACCUCCUCGCGCAAUCCCCCUCCCUCCCCACCCUCUCCCGCCUCUCCGGCAUCUACGCCGCCUACAAAACCUCCUUCGACCGGCACCCACACCCGAUAUCAACAUACUACACGCAAGCCACGCUCAACUCCUUCAACUCCUGCCUCCGCGACCUGUACAACCUCCUCUGGGGCUCGAAAGCGCUCUUCGCGUCCCCGGGCCAGUCCUCCGGGUUCUUCGUGCACCCGGCCGUCCGCGACGCAUUCCACGCAUACCUCACGUCGCUCGACCGCGACUACCCGAUCGGCCACGCGUUUGGGCUGUCGUACAACGGCGUGGUGGCGAGCAUUGCGGCGAUCGCGUGGCGCGUGCUGGAGGACGAGCAGGUGGAGAGGGAGGGCUGGGAUAGGGAGAGUGUUAAUUGGCAUAAGGGGCCUGUGACGGCGAGGGCGUUGGAUGUGUUGAGGGUUAAUAGGGGGGUGACGGUCGGGUGGGAGGCGUAUAGGUUGCAUGUGCUGGGUUGGAUGGCGGAGAGGGGGUGUAGGGGCGUGAAGGAUUUGCUGUUUGCGACGCAUGCUAGGCUUAAGGAACGGGCUGCUAGGGAGAAGGAGGGUGGGUAG